AUGUACAGGUCACUGAGUGGGGCAGAAUCCAGGACUCUUGAGAGGUCAGGGUUGUAUCUGGAACCCCCUUAGGUGGGAUGAGUGGGGUGAGCCUGGGAGGUUCUGCUAACUGGUGGGCUCGGGAGGAAGGAGUUAAGUGGUGCUGCUGCCACCUGAGCCGGGCAUCAAAUUACCCAAGUCCAGUUCUGCUAGUGAGGAGGUGGAGCUGAGCCUGGGCCUCUAGCUGCCUCAGGCCCGUGUGAGGCCUGCUGCGGAGGUCUGGCGGGAUACCCCUGGCCAGGAAGAGGGCUCUUACUGGGGGUCCUCACUGACUCUCUGUCCCCAGGCUCCCAGCUAUGGUCCUCCCCCCACCUCUGGGUCCUAGACUCCCCUCAGAGCCCCUCAGCCACCCCCCUGGAGCCCCUAGGGAACUGGACAUUGCUGGAUGCACCAUCUGCCCUGCAUCUGGAGAAAAGAGAAUCAGACCAGAAGAGGCCCAGAAACUGGGGCAAGACUCCUUGGACCCUCCUGAACACUUCCAGGGCGGGCUGAGGGGCACUGAGCCUGCUGCUGGUGCCCUGAGAUGGCCGGCACCCACUUCCAGAGAUGACCCAGCUGGGGGCAGACACCGUGAGCACCUCAUCUCCGGCCAGGAGGUAUUGGAGGCUGAGCAGGACAGCCUAUCCCUUCGCCUGUUGGGGCUGGGCCUCCGGUUGCAGGACCUAGAGCAAGGCCUGGCGCCCUGGGCAUCAGCCCAGAGUGGGAUGGUCCAGCUGCAGGCCCUACAGGCAGACCUAUGUGGAGCAGCUGAGCGUGUAGAUGCGCUGCUGGCGUUCAGUGAGGGGCUGGUACAGCGGAGUGAGCCUCAGGCCCGGGCAUCCCUGGAGCUGGUCCUGAGGGCCCUCGGAGCCUGCCAAGACAGCAUCUGGCGGCGACUGUGGUGGCUGGAGGCCCUGCUGGUAUUCGAAGAGGCCAACACACUGGACCAGGACUUGGAAGUUGAGGGGGACUUGGAUGGGCCAGGACCUGGCGGGGCCUGGGGGCCCUGGGCACCCAGUAGCCUCCCCACUCCUGCAGAGUUGGAGUGGGACCCGGCAGGGGAUGUUGGAGGCCUCAGGCCCUUGGGGCGAAAGACAGCUUGGAUACCAGGAGCCCCCUGUGAGCUGUGUGGCCACAGGAUCCCCCAGGGCAGGGGACAAGGCCUUGAGGACAUGCUCAUGUCAGGCUUCAGCCACCGGAAACACUUAGCGUGUCAGCGAAGAUGCUCCCUGCUCCAGAAGCCUCAGGACAAGAAGCAAGCAUCUCCCAACCUGCAGGAAGUGAUGUUGGAGGUAGACCCUGGAGCCCCUCCUCCUGCAUCCAGGGGGUCCCUGGCCUUCUUCCUUCUCUUCCUUCUCUUUGUUCUCCUCAUGGGUGCCACACUGCUCCUGCCACCGUUGGGGGGGUCCUGCUGGUCUCCUGCCCGAUUGGCCAAGACACCUUACCUGGUGCUCAGCUAUGUCAAUGGUCCCCCCCCAGUCUGAGCACAUGGCCCAGACAUAUGUAAUAAAUGGUCACUGUCCAAG